AUGUCUUCAAAAUCAAAUAACACAAAUAAAGAAAAUUCUCUUGACUCACCAUCUACAAAUAAAAAAAUAUCCAAUUUUGAAAAACAUUUGACUCAUUCAUAUGAGAUAGAUCCACAACUUGAUCACAACAAUGAAACAGAUAAUGAUUAUCAAGACCAUGAUGAUAAUGAUUGGGAACUAACAAGAGAUCCACCUAAAGAAGGAUGGAAAAGAAAUUUACCUGAAUAUUUUUUUUCAAAUUCUGAACAUGCAAAAUUUAUAAGGAAAUUAGAUAUUUUAGUAUUUGGUUAUUCGCUAUUAUCAAGUUUUAUAUCAACUUUAGAUAAUUCAAAUAUUCAAAAUGCUUAUGUAUCAGGAAUGCAAAAAGAUUUAAAAUUAUAUGGGAAUGAAUUAAAUCUUUUCCAAACUUUUUAUUCAUGUGGUAUAAUUGCUGGUUCUGUUCCAUUAAUUUUCAUAUCAACUUAUAUUAGACCUUCAAUAAUUUUACCAACUUGUGAAUUAUUAUGGAGUAUAUUUGUGAUGUGUUGUGCUGGUGCAUCAAAUGCUAAAACUAUAUAUGGGUUAAGAUUCUUAAUUGGAUGUGCUCUAUCAAUUGGAUUCCCAGGUUUUACUGCAUUAAUUUCUUCAUGGUAUUUACCAAAUGAAUUAGGUAAAAGAAUUGUAUUUUAUGAAAUAUCAGGUAAUGUUGCUGCAAUGUUUUCAGGAUAUAUCCAAGCUGGAUUAUAUUCAAAUAUGGAUGGGAAACAUGGUCUUGCUGCAUGGAGAUGGUUAUUUAUAUUUGAUGGCGUUAUUAGUAUAUUUGUUGUUAUAUUGGGGUAUAUAAUUAUACCUGAUACCCCUACCACAACUAGAUCAAGAUUCUUAAACUCUAAAGAAAAAAAAUAUGCUAUAAAAAGAAUGGAAUUAGCUGGUAGAAAACCAAUAACAAAAGCUAAUUGGCAAAUGAUUAAACAAUCAUUAUCAACAUGGCAUUUAUAUGGAUUUGUAAUGAGUUUUUAUUUAUAUGGUACAUUUUCAUGGGGUGGGAAUUAUUUCAAUCUUUGGUUACAAUCAUUAAAUAAAUACACUGUACAACAAUUGAAUCAAAUACCAACAGCUUCACAAGGUGCAGCUAUUAUCAAUUCGUUUAUAAGUUCCAUACUAUCAGAUUAUUUCCGUCAUCGACCAAUAAUCAUAAUAAUCAAUAUGAUUAUCUGUAUGAUGGGUAAUGCAUUUAUUGCACCUUGGAAAUCUCCUGAAGGUUUAAAAUUUGUUGGUUAUAUCUUAAUAAACGUUGGAUGGCCUGGUCAAUCAUUAUUAAUGGCUUGGGCUAAUGAAAUUUGUCAAGGUAAUCCAUUAACAAGAUCAAUGAUUGUUGCAGUGGGGAAUACAUUUGUUAAUGCUACAAAUGCCUGGCUACAAGUCCUAUUAUUCCCAGCAUCUACAGCACCUCAUUAUAAAGCAGGAUAUCAUGUUUGUGCUGCAUUCAUUGGAUUAGCUGUUGUUAGUAUUGCUGUUUGUUGGGCUUUAUUACAACGUGAUUAUAAGAAAGGAUAUGCUAUAAAGAGUAAAGUAGGAUUACCUAUAUACCCACAAUGGGAAGAGGUUUUCAAUAAUGUCAAUCAUGAAAAAAACAAUUGA